CCUUUUUAAGGAUUUGAAAGAAAAGAAGGAAGUUGUGGAAGAAACAGAAAAUGGCAGGGAUGCUCCCGCCAACGGCAAUGCCGAGAACGAGGAAAAUGGCGAGCAGGAGGCGGACAACGAGGUAGAUGACGAAGAGGAAGAGGUUGGCGACGAAGAGGAGGAUGAGGAAGAAGGUGACGGCGAAGAAGAGGACGGCGAUGAAGAUGACGAGACCGAAGGUCCGACCGGAAAACGGGCAGCUGAGGACGAUGAGGACGACGACGUCGAUCCGAAGAAGCAGAAAACCGACGAAGACGACUAGGGAGUAGAAUAAUAAAAAAGAAAGAAACAACUUUUUUUUAAACUUAAGAAAAGAGGGAAAAACAUUUUUUUAAGAAAAAGGCCAGCGUGAACUUCUUUCACCUUUGAAAACUUCCUGUUACAAAAAAGAAGAAAAAAACCACGUUUCCCCUUGUUGCUAAUGGUCACCGUCAUAAAGUAGAGCAAACAAACAAACAAAAAAAAAUCCACCCCAACCCCAGUAAAAGCCGAAUGGCCGUAGAGCUGCCAUUUUUUUUCCCAACUUGUAAAAAAAAAAAACCCCCCCAACAGCCCAAAAAUCUAUCUCCCUUCUCCCCUCCCCUCGGGAAAACUUCAAGGCCCAGCUUGCUUUCUUAAAAGUAACUUUAAAAGGAGAAUUUGUUUGUAUUUUUUAUUUACAUUUUAUAUUUUUGUACAUAUUGUGAUGAGGUCAGCCAUUUUUAACGCGAUCUCCAUUGACCAAAAGGGGGGAGGGGUGUGCUUUUGAAGUGCUUUUCUUUUUUUUCUUCUUUUUCCUUUGUUCCUAUAAACGAAACGAAACAAACGAAAAAUAAUUCUUGACUUUACUUGUGGUGUGACCGUGUCCAAAAACCAUUAUCUCAAAAAAGGAGAAGAAAACUUAAAAAAAACGACCUU